UCCACUAGUCAUAUUCCAAACCAAGAGUCCUAACUCUGAUGUUUUACCUCCUGCAGAUCUCCCAAAGAAAGGGUCCUGGCAGCAGCUCGAAGUCUUCCUACCUGCUCAUUCUUUCCCCAGAGAAGCCUGAGCUUCAGUGAGGAUGGCAUCGGUCAAGACAGCAAAUAGCUUGAGCUUCCAACAGGUUGAACUCCCACUCUGGCACAUCAUACUGAUCGAAGUGAUUUCCCUCCUUCUUCAGGCCAUUCUCCUCUUAAUCCUAUACAUUUUACUCCACAGGCAAAUAGCCAACUACCAUGGCCAAAUGGUGAAAGCUGCCAGCAUCCAGGCCCAGACCCAGGCACCAAAGAAGCCAGAAGGCAAUUAUGAUCUACCUGCCUUGAAAAAGACAGGGUCUACGAGGAAUGCGCCAGGUCCUGCCCUGUCUUACAGGGAUGAUAGUGGCAGUGACAGUGAUUCCUCCUCACAUAGCUCAGAAAGAUAUCCUCCAGCUUCCAACAGAAAUGCACUCAACGAUAUGAAUUACAGCACCCUGGUCUUUCCAGCCCCUGCUUCCCGAACGACUUUGUCUCUUGAAGACUAUGAGAACAUAAAAGCAGCUGGUGAUUAUGUCAAUGUGGACCCCAAGAAUUGUACAAAUAAUGCCUGGAAUUUCAGUAACUCCUUCUCCUCUGAGCCAGUGGAGUACACAGAAGUGGCUAUGUGAAUUCUGACAACCAAGCGGGGCUCCCUUCUCUAUGAAUUCUUAAGUUUGAGUUGGAAGGGGUUUCUUUCACUAAUAAACACAAGGAAACCACUUAGGGCAAGAAGGAUUCAGGUUAGAGGCCAGAUAGAAUUGUAAAGAUGCUAAGACGUGGAACGUUUUAUUAAAGGUGUUAGAAUCCAUUCCAUUCAAUUCAAGAAGCAUUCAUUAAGUGCCUAUUAUGUACAGAAAACCACACUGGGUACUGGGAUUUCAUGGUCCUUAGCAAGACUAAGCUCUAUUGCAGAAUGUAUGUGCAGAGAUAACUAUGCUAGACAAUAACACUGCUUGUUAAGAGAGGUCAGGCUGAAAAAAAAAAAGAGAGAGAUAAACACAUAGGAAAGAAACAAAAGAGGGCCACGGAGGCUUUUUUUUUAGUGCAAAAAAGAGAGCAGAAGGAAGGCCAGAAAGGAGAAUAGACAAGUAGGAUAGUUUUGAAAGUUGCAGGUUGAAUUUAUUGUAUGCUGAAAAAAGAAAGUGAGCUCUGCAGAGUAGAGAUUCAUGGUUUUGUGUCCCUU